AUGGACAAUCAUGAAGGCCAAGCAGCUCACUCAGAUAUCGCUGGUAUCGUAACCAGAUGGUCCGAGGGAAGGCCAGGAAGUACGCUGAAACAUCAUACUGGCGAUUACCCCAUACGUCUUAUACGAGUACUGACCACACAUCCAGCUAUAUUUCGUGUUCAUGACAACUUUAUCUAUAAGUAUGGUCGCAAAACUGAGAACUACGAAGGCAAACUGAAAUGUUUUGUUACUCGCGGAGAUGGCAAGUUCAAAGAGGAGCCCAGAAUGCAACCAUCCGAUUUGCGUCAAGCUCUUCGUAUUAUGGAUCUUCAAGUAACCGAUAGUGGAAGGUACAAAUGCACUUUAGCUGGAACUGAUAGAUUCAGUGAGAUAUAUGUAAUCGUUCUCCCAAGACCGGAGGAUGUAAAAAUAGUGUUUAGUAGCCAGGCCUUAAACGCCAGUGAUCAGCACGUAUCAGAUAUUCAACGUCGGGACGAAUUGAAUCGACCGUUUUUACGAUUUGAUGAGAAACUUAUACUCAACUGUAUCUAUUAUUUAUCCAAAGGGCUCGAUAACUUUAGAGGAGUGCAUUUUUCGAGCAAAAUUUUGAAGCCCGCUCAGAAAAAUGAUUGGCGUUUGGUUCGGAAUGAAACAGCCAAUCAGCCGCACGACAUGUUCUUCUGGAUCCAGUCGUACGAAUUAACUAAACUAUAUAGCAAAGGAAUAGCUGUUGAACACACGGCAAAUUGUGAUCAUUCUUAUAAACCAAUUCAACAUAUUGUCCGACACGAAGGCAAACUAGCAAAGACAGACACUGAUAUUCGCAUUGUACAGAACUUUGUAGCGUCUCUGUUUAAACCACCAGUAAUAUUUAAUUGGGGUAUAAAUACGAAUCAAACCCAUGUUACCAGUUCGUUACAAAAUAACGACUGUACAUCUGAUGGCAUUGAAUCAUUUACCUUGAAACCCAAUCAACGUGUACCGGAGGGCGAGUUCAACGGUUCAUUUCACAGUAUGCACUAUCGAAGUGGAGGAUGGACUACAGUUUGGUCGAUAGUGCAUUUUGAACAAAAAUUGUAUGUGGAAAACUGCUCGGUCAAUGAAACCGUAUUGAAACCGCAACAAAAUAAACGGCUGUUCCAAAGACCAGAUGUGAAAGAGCAUUAUGGUCCAUUUGUUUUGACAGAGGUCAAUUUUCAAUGUGUGGUUUUGCCAAAUGUUAUUGGUAUUGUACUUAUUGCGUUUAACACGGAAGGAGCUAAUGUAAAUGUUGGGGAAGUGGAAAAUGCUUAUGCGGAAUCAUUAAUUAACGUGAUCAAAGAAAGACUGAAAAGUCAAAGCUCGAAGGUAUCAGUCAAGCCCAGUGGGAACAGUGUGACCAGACAUCGAUUAGUUCGAGUGAGAACUGGGUGGGCUGCGACAGUGACCAGAGGCCAACAGAUAGUUAUGAUCUGGGAUACAAGACAUGUUUCGAACGGCACACCGUAUUGUGAGUAUCGCGUAAACGAAUCGAUCGCGUGGUCAUCGGAAUUGCCAUCAGAAUUUAAGCUGGAAAUCAUUAGUAAUACUCCCGGCUAUAGGCUCUAUAAAACAAACAGUAAUCUGACCGAUUCCGGACAAUACAGAUGUUUUGGACCGGAUAAGAAAACUUCACUGGGUCCCGUUCGCACGGUGGCGGUUGUUCCGGCUUCGGAAGAU